AUGUCUCCACUCGCAUUCACUCCCUCCGAGAAGCUCCUCGAGCUUGUUUGUCGUGCCGAAGAUCUUCCCGAGCUCAUCCAGUUCGAGGAAACCGUUCUCAGAAUCUACGAGAAGGACCCAGAGAGGCGUGACCGCUGCUUUAUUGCAAACCACCACGACGUUACUCCCAGCCACGAGGACAUCUGGAAUUUUCACCUUGAGAGCAAUAUCUACAUUGCCAACAUGAAUUCCGCGCUCAGGAAGCUCAAGAGGGAGUUUGACACCGUCGUCAAGGACUUGAAGACUACCUGGUUGACAGAGCGUGAGGCUUGGAGAAGCAAGGCUUUGGAGGCAGCCGGCGCAAGGGCCGAAGAUUGCAAGGAGGACUGGGAGGAGGAUUUGUGGAUUGGGAGACUUCAGAAGAUUGAUGAGUUGAUGAAGAAGCUCUAUGAGAGAGAUUAG